GAUUAACAACUGACUGUUCUGUCAUUUCGUUUCGUUUUGUUAAAAACUAAUUGAAAUAAUGAAGUAAAUAUUUUACAUAAAAGUGUAUUUUACAUACGUAAAAAUAUUUUACAUUUGGAUUUAUAUGACUUCAUUGACGGAAUGAGUUAUUGAAUGAUCGUUUCAAUCGGGGCAGCAGUAACACAAAAUGCAAAAGGAAAUUGUUAGUGACACUUAUCGCUGCAGCAGUAACGUUGCAACAGUAAUGCUGUUGUAGUUGCCAUUCUUAUAAAUUGUUUUCAUUGACUGAAAGCUGAACGCUGCUCAGUUAUAUGUGGUCGAUGCAGCAAGCGGUAUAGGUACAUAUAUGUAUCAGGAUUUUAUUUCUACACGUAAAUGUUUGGCAUGAAAGAUUUUCAUGAAGCAUAAAAAUAUAUGAAAAUAAAAGCUUCUUUCUCGGCUCCACCCGUUUCGCAGUCAGGACUGACUUGUGUGGACGACGAAAGUAUUAAAAACCUGCUGAAUACCACACACCAUCUAGUAAGCCCUCAUCGACGUAACAAAUAAACAAAAAUAUUGAAUUAAACGUCUAAACUUUAGUACAAUCUAUCACUGCCGCUGUGUCAGGCAGAGAGAUGGUUUUAUUUUCACUUAUAAGUAGGGAACCCUAAAAAACAGUGUGCUUGUAUUAGUAGACAAUGCGAUUACAACAAUUGCGAUCAAUAAUUUGAAAACAUUGAUAAAAUCGACAUGCAAAUAAAAUGCGAGAUACAAGAAUAGUAUGUAACGUUAUAAAUAAAUAUCACGAGGCUUUAUUCGCAGUUUCACUGUACCUAGCUAAUGAAAAUGUUUUUACAUCUCGCCACAAAAGCCAUUAUUUCCUGUUGUAUUCUGAUAUUUGGUAUAUCAGGACAGAGGAUGCUGGUAUGAUACUAGUCAACAAAAUAUGAAUCUAUUAUAAGAAUAUGGUCAUUAGUCGUCACUAUUCACUUAUUUUUUAUUGUCUGUAAUAAAUAAAUUACAAUUGGUGCCGCGACCAGGAUUCAUUUGGUUUCACAUUGCAAAACAUAAAUUUUAUACAAAUUUUUGAUAAUAUUUUAACUUUUAGGAUAUUGUCAACAGCUUGCACAUCUGUAUUUCUGCAUAUUUAAAUAUAGGUACCUAUUGUUAUCCAUGCUUUGGCGCCUUUUCGAAAGAGUAACGCUUUUGCACCUAAUGGUGAUUACAAUAACCGUACUUUGUUAACUAAAUUUUUAGUUGAUGCAGUUUAAACUUAUUUCUACACUAGAUAGAUAUUAAGUUGGUUCCAGGGCACAGGCAAGUGGUCGGUGCUGAGCGUGCAGGUGUGCGAGAAGGACGCGGAGUAUCCUUGGAUGUUGCACGUGCGUCGACACAAGCUCAACCGCACGCACGACGCGUACGAUGUUGACGGCCGGGCGUUGGAAGAUUUCGAUGAUUCGGUCGGCAUUCGCAUAGAUGCAUGUAUGAUGAUGGACGGCGGUUGUAAACCUUUCAUGACCGUGGCGUACCACUGCGCGCGCAAGUUCAUCAACGUAGCCGCCAGAGAGAACAUGAGGCGAGCGCUCGUACUUGCUGGGGUUGACCCGCCUGAAUUCCCCAUCCCAAAAGGAGAAUACGAAGUGAGGAACUUCGUUUUAGACAUGGAGAACCUGUCUAAGCAGGGCGUCUACGGUGACUUUGUUUCGGAUGCAUUUUUAACGAAAGAUGGACAGGAUGUGGCGUGCUUGAAGCUCUUGCUUCGGUUUGAGCAAUUGGAUGACUGGCCACCGCUGACAUGGUUAAAGAGUGGCUACCCUUAAAUUGGAAUUAUCAAACCAAACAUCAUUUACUUUAAGACAACUAAGAGUCUAAGACACAUACACGCAUACCUUAUUGAUAAUAUAGAUUUACAUAAGUACAUACAAUGAUAAUGUAAUGUAAGCAUGUACUUUAAUAAUUUAAUUGAAUAAUUGGCAUUGUACCUAUCCUGAUAUUUUAUUUAAACUGAUUAUUUAAUUAAUUUGAAUGUUAUAUAAAAAGUAUUCAGUGAAUACCUAUUGCCUAAUAACUUGACAUAUAAUAUUUAAAAUGUUAUAAAUAAAUGAUUAUGACUUAAUAUAAAGCUCAUGUUGGCGACACAUUAACCACCUGCUGCAUCACCUGUUCCAGCAUAAGAUUCGGUAAAUUCUCCCAGAGCCACCGAAACACCACACUCGUCUACGACCUGAAA